UUUAGCUGGUGUCCUAGUAUAUGCCAGGUACUAUUUUUAUGCUUGGUCUCAGGGAAAUCAUGGACAGGGAGGAAAACAUCCCCUAUCUAGUAGAAGAGACAGGCAGUAAUCAAAUAAUCUCACAAAAUGAUGGAAAAUUAUAAGCAAGGGAGAAGGAAGGUGCACUAUUUGUUCCCAGACGGGAAGGAAAUGGCCGAAGAAUAUGAUGAAAAGACAAGCGAGCUACUUGUGAGAAAGUGGCGUGUGAAAAGUACCCUCGGAGCCUUGGGCCAGUGGCAGAUUGAAGUGGGUGAUCCAGCACCCCCAGGAGCAGGAAGCCUGGGGUCAGAACUCCUCAAGGAAAGCAAUGCCAAUCCCAUAUUCAUGCGCAAGGACACCAAGAUGAGUUUUCAGUGGCGGAUUCGAAACCUCCCCUACCCUAAGGAUGUCUAUAGUGUCUGUGUAGACCAGAAGGAGCGCUGCCUUGUUAUCAGAACUACCAACAAAAAGUACUAUAAGAAGUUCUCCAUUCCUGACCUAGACAGAUACCAGCUACCUCUGGACGAUUCCUCCCUGAGCUUUGCUCAUGCCAACUGCACCCUGAUCAUCUCCUACCAGAAGCCAAAGGAGGUCCUGGCAGCCGAGUCAGAGCUACAGAAGGAGUUGAAGAAGGUGAAGACGGCCCACAACAGCGAUGGGGACUGCAAGACCCAGUAGUCAGUCCCUCAGCCUGCACCUCCAGGGUAGGCGUGUGUGAGGCACCUCCUAUCAGGCUGUGAGACUUAAAUGCUUAUGCCUGGCCGGCAUGAGGGCAGCCUCCUCUCUUCUAGGAGCUGUUGAGUCUCUGUAAGAACCAGAUCCUGGGGCAUUCCUAGCUUCUGGGGCACUCCUAGCCCCUGGGGCACUCCUAGCCCCUGGGCCAUGGUCUAUUUCCUGAGUAAAGUCAUUCUGAGUUACUGCUGAUGGACUGCCCUCUUGUCCACCUGUGUGUGCUGCCUGGCCCCUGGGCCCGCUGGCCUCCCCAGAUAGGGUGUUGGUGAUGACAUCUCCUUCUCCUCCAUCCUGGGCUAGAGCAGGGUCCUUCAACAUAAAGCCUUCUACAUAAAGGGGAAGAGGAUGGGAGCAUUCAGCCCCAACAGGGGCUGAGUGUCCCCAGACUCAGAGGAAGACUAGGCUGGAAAGGACUCUGGCAGAAGUGGCCCCGAAGUCUAAGACAGAUGUGGGCAAGAGAGAAAUUUUUAAAAUGCAGAAACCUUGGAAACAGGCCUAAGAUGUUAAGAGCAUGGGUAAAAAGCUAGAAUAAAGGUCAUAGUAUUACUAACGGGUGAGUGUGUUGAAGUGGGGUGGAGAAGGGUCACAACAGACAGCAGCUUAGCCCCCAGGCUUUCCAGAGAACUUCCAUGUUCCUCUCUCCAUACCCCCACAGGUGACACCCACCCCACCACCAGGGUCAGUGGGUGGUUUUCCUGAAGAAAAGAAACAUUUGUUCUUUGGGUCACUGAGCCAUGAGCCUGGUCUCAUCCUUCUGCAGAAGAUACAACCCCUAGUUUGAGUCUGCCAUUCCUGCUCCCUGGGGCCUCCUAGGACUGCUUAGCCAGUUAGGAACCAGAUCUGUGAACAAUCAAGCUUUAUUUUUACAAAAAUGAAAACUGUAGCAUGUCUCAACAGCUGGCCUGAGGUAGGUCUGGCUCAGCACUACUCAAAACUGCUGGGUUUCCUUUGUCCUUUCUUAGUUUCAAAGCAAAACCAGGCCAUCGUGCACCAGGAAUGAGCUCCAGCCCCCAAAUCUUGAUCAAGGGUGAGGUCUGAUUGAGGAGGUGUCGGGG